AUGCAACAUUUGUGGAGAUUAAAAUUAAACUGGGACGACGCCAUUCCGUCACAAACACUUCAGCGCUGGGAAUCAAUAUACCACAACCUAUCGGCCUUAAAUAAUUUACAGAUUCCUAGAUGGACAUGUCAAGAUGAUAAUACUGCUUUAUGCGAGUUACACGGAUUUGCAGAUGCAUCUAACGCGGCAUACGCCGCCGCAGUUUAUAUGCAUACGACCUCGCAAUCAGGAGAGAUAAAGAUCACAUUAUUAGCGGGCAAGUCGAAAGUCGCGCCACUCAAGAUCACAAGCAUCCCUCGACUGGAAUUACAAGCAGCAUGCCUUCUUGCUUGGUUGAUCGAGUUCACGCAAUCCUCACUCCAGAUGUCAAACGUCGCGUGUCAUUGUUGGACGGACUCUACAGUAGUAUUGGCAUGGUUAAACUCACAUCCGUCCAGAUGGAAAACUUUCGUCUCUCAUCGAGUCGCAGAUAUCCAAUCUCGAGUACCUGAAGUUAAAUGGCGGUACAUUCCAUCCGCGGAUAACCCAGCCGAUUGUGCUUCGAGAGGUAUUCUACAUUCCGAUUUCAACGCCUUUAACUUGUGGUGGCACGGUCCUCCCUGGCUCAAACUAACUCAGACCAAAUGGCCAAGAGAUCCCGCUCCUCCGCUGGAAGAAGCGCCUGAGAAAAAUCGGAAACUUAUAGUACACGUAGCUCAAACAAAUUCUGGCUGGGAUUUAGCCACAAGAUACUCCACGUGGCCGAAGCUAAUCAGAAUUACAGCAUAUACUAUCCGCUUCGCAACCAGAUGCCGAAAGAGAGAUCAAACUUCAACUGACUCAGAGGUGCAAAGCCAAUCUUUGACGGCAAGUGAAAUUCAGACCGCACGCAAAUUUUGGAUUAGAUCAAUCCAGUCAGACGUUUUCAGUGACGAAUUGGACGCUCUCAAGAAACAGCAAUCACUUCCAUCAAAAUCAGCGUUAGCUAUGCUUCGACCUUCCUGGAUGAAGAUCAUUUAA